GUGAAAGAAGAGGCGACAGCGAGGAAACGAGAGAUCGGCGAGAAGAACGAGUUUGCUUCGCUACAAGGGAGAGAGAGAAAGAUCUCGUUGAUUCUCUGUCCGGCGAUCCAAUAAAUUCCUUGUUGAUUCUGACUGUUCGUAGAAGAAAAAGAAGAGGAACAUGUCGUACGCGUAUCUCUUCAAGUAUAUCAUCAUCGGCGAUACCGGUGUUGGGAAAUCGUGCCUUCUUCUUCAGUUUACCGACAAGCGAUUCCAGCCAGUGCACGAUUUAACCAUCGGUGUUGAGUUCGGAGCAAGGAUGAUCACCAUUGACAAUAAGCCUAUUAAGCUCCAAAUUUGGGACACGGCUGGUCAGGAGUCCUUUAGAUCCAUCACAAGGUCCUACUACAGAGGCGCAGCUGGUGCUUUGCUUGUCUAUGAUAUCACCAGGAGGGAAACUUUCAAUCACUUGGCCAGCUGGCUGGAAGAUGCGAGACAGCAUGCAAAUGCAAACAUGUCAAUAAUGCUAAUUGGUAAUAAGUGUGAUCUUGCUCAUAGAAGGGCUGUUAGCACAGAGGAGGGUGAGCAAUUUGCCAAGGAGCAUGGGUUAAUCUUCAUGGAGGCGUCUGCUAAAACUGCUCAGAAUGUUGAGGAGGCAUUUAUCAAGACUGCUGCUACCAUAUAUAAGAAGAUUCAAGACGGAGUGUUUGAUGUGUCAAAUGAGUCUUACGGGAUAAAGGUUGGAUAUGGUGGAAUCCCUGGACCAUCAGGGGGCAGAGAUGGCUCCUCCUCUCAAGCUGGAGGGUGUUGCGGUUGAAUUGUGACAUCUCAUCUUCUGCGAUGAAGACAAAUCUGUCUAGUUGUGUUGUUUACAUUCUUUAUUAUCUUUUUUCUUUUCUUGGUCUGAAUAUUACGACUUGCUUUCUAAUGCUUUAAAGAAACGAAAAAAAAAAAAUGUACAAUUCUUCUUGAUGUCUUUUCUAUUUGAUUGUAAAUCUAACACUUGUUUGAUUCAUAAGUAGAUCUGUUUGGAUUGGAUGGAAUUGCAUCUUGUGAUUUGUGACUA